CCUGUGCACACCACCCCCCAAAAACAUCAUCAACAAUGUCCGCUGACCUCACUUGGCUCCUUAUCCGAAACUACAACUCUUUCCAGGUCAAGGGUGGCCACGGUCCCACUUUCUCCAGGGAGAAGGGAAACCUCCUCAACAAGUCUUCCCAGAAGUACUCCGGCCUCGCCAACUCCAAGGUCGUCGCCGUCGCUGCUUCCCCCAACGGUGGUGUGACCAUCACCAAGAUCAAGGCCGACGCCAAGCCCAACCAGGUCGCUUCUGCCCGAUCCCACGUCGCCCUCAAGCGAUCCACCGGUCCCCGACGAGCCAACAAGAUCGUUGCCGGUGAGACCGCCGGUAAGGGUUACCGAGCCGACCUCCGAGCUGUACGUGUCCUCUUAACUACCCAUGUUUUCGCAUCUCUUGUGUUUUGUGUCUCUUGGAGUGCUCGAGAGCCUUCCCUCCCUCGCCUUUCCCGAACCGACGCAGCUGCUAGAACUCCCCGGAAUCUCCUCUAUCAUUCAAUGUUGGAGCGGUAUGAAGGGCCGAGCGUAUUGUGCUUGCCAUAUAAACCAUUUCAACCUUUUCCUUCUACCACCUAUCUCUCCCAUGGUGGGCGAUUCUUGUGCUGGUUGUGUACAUCCCUCUGCUUUCCUUACCUUUCCUUGCGUUUGCUUUUAUUUCAAGAAUGUGAAAGAAGGACGUCAGCUGACCCUUGCGGUUUUACAGGCUGCCGUCGCCCGAACUUCCGCCCUCCUCCUCGCCCAACGCCGAACCGCCAACCCCCCCAAGACCAUCCAGCGUGGCCGCAAGCAGGCUCCUUCCGCCGUCGGCAAGGCUGCCGCCGAGCAGGAGGUUGAGGAGAUUGCCGUUGACGUCGAGUAAAUUACUCUUUCAGAGUGAUCUAUGAGAGGGAGAUGGGGUUGCAUCUGGGAUUUAAUCUAGGUCUCGGAUGUAUGGUGUUAUGACGCUUGUUGGGGUUUUCGUGCGAAGGUUGGCAUGAGAUGGGUUACAGGGUGGUCUAGACAUUGGACAUGGUGCAUCUGGUACGCCAAAAGCGGACGUGUCCUGGUCGUGUCGCAACGUACUUGCUGCAAUUCACGAUACAUGUUCCACCAGUCGUUGUGGAGGGAUUCCAGCAACAGCCAUGUUAGAGCUUUUGUAUUUCCUCGUCUGGUAUAGCACCAGGCCCCUUUUGAAAGUAAUCCAGAAGUAGUGUCAGAAAGACGAACUAUAGGGAGGUGUUGAGCGACGCCGCGUCAUUCAGAGUCAGCCCGCCGUGGGACAGAGGUUUACCCAUGAUACACCUUCGGACUUUUGGCAACCAGAAACCCAUGCCAUGAGCUCUAAAUUGGCCAGUAGUCUGACGGACAAAAUGUGGACUUGCCCACGAUGAUUUGUCUUCCGGUCCGCAAGCGACAUAUGGUCAUCGUGAGUCGGACAUGGCGCAUUGCAAUGUAUCAUAUGAAAUGAAAAGAAGUUCUUUUGCGCAUGUAUCUCCACUCCUGCCCCC